AUGGCCGCCGAGCCCAGCCUGGGCGUCAACCCGUCCCUCCUCACCCUCGACCCCGGUCCGCCCGUCGAUGAACUCGGUGCAGCACCGGCCGCGCUCUCGCGAGAGGCGACGCCGGAGGAGGGCGUCUACAUCGUCGACAAGAUCGUCGACUUUUGCCGACACGACAACAAGGACAAGGUGCCGCAGGACCAGUGGAUCGACCCGCAGCGUCGCUGGGAGAUCCGUUACCUCGUCUCGUGGAUUGACUAUGGCCCAGAGGACAACUCGUGGGAGCCGCGCGAGAUGUUCGAGUCCUGGGUCGAGUCGUACGACCAAAACAUCGCCGACAUCGAGGCCGCCGACCCGGCGCACCCCAAGCUCGCCGCUCUCGAGAGGGAGGUCAAGCGGCUCAACUCGCGCUGGCGCAAGCAGGAGAAGGAGCGCAAGCGCGAGGAGCGCGCCGGGCGCAAGGUCAAGCCGGCGGAGCGCAAGGUCAAGGAGGAGGAGAAGGACAAGGGCGAGGAGCUCGAGGGCCAGGGCGAGGGCAAGAGCCGGGCGCAGCAGGACGAGGGCAAGGCGGACGACCGUGGAGGGCCCAAGCCGAAGCGCACGAGGUCGAGCACGUCGCGCGCCAACUCGGCGGCGUCGAGUUCGACCCUGGCGGGCAGGCCUGCAGGCCCGCCCCCGACGAGAACUCGCCGUACCCGCCGCUCGGCCGUCGACGGCGACAUCGACCCCAACGCGUGGCACGAGUACCUCGAGACGAACGCGCCCCCGUCGCUGCGCAAGCUCCGGUUCACGCCGCCGCCCGAGCGCGACGCCAACGGCCGGCUGGUCUCGCCGCCGUCCGACAGCGAGCGCGGCAACAUCGUCGACGAGCGCGUGGCGAGCAGCUCGGUCGGCCUCGGCAUCGCCGGUGCGGGCGCCGAGGACACCGACAUGGGCGAGGCGGCGUCGGCGCCGGCUCGAGCGACGGUCGGGACCGCCAGCCAGCUCCUCGCCGGUCGUGACGCUCACGAGCAGCGCCGCUCGACGAUGACUGCCGGCGGCUUCGCCGGCAGUGACGACGGCGAGGGCAGCGACGACGCGGUCGCGGCUCGGCCCACGUCGUCGAGCGUCCCGACCGCCGGCUUCGGCGGGUUCGCCCACGACGACGACGACGAGAGCGACGACGCCGGCGCGGGCCCUUACUUCCCGCACCUCGUCCCGCUCGUCCCGUCACCGUCGCAGCAGCCGAGCCUGUACGUCGCCCAGGCCCAGGGUGUCGCCGGCUCCGCCAGCCUGUCGCACGACGUCAAGCCCGACCUCGUCUCGCCUCGUCUCGACGCCGACUACCCGAUGGAGGCGACGACGGUCGGCCCGGCGCAGGAGGACGGCGCGACCUGGCGCGAUGACGAGCGCGACGGCGAGCACGAGCGCGCGCCCGCCGCCUCGGCGUCGACCGCCCUUGGGCAGGCCGGCGGGUUCGCCGACAGCGGCAGCAGCGACGAGGAGCCGCUCGCCGACGUCGUCGCCGCUCGGGCCGCCCGGCGGCCACUCGCGAGCGCACUCGCCGACGCCGAGGACGAGGACGAGAAGCCGCACGUGUCGGCGUCGCGGCCCGUCGCGCGUCGAGUUUGGGCGGGCGACAGCUCCGACGACGACGACGACUUCGUCAUCGUCGAUGCACAUGCGCCGCCUGCAGCUCUGCCCCCGUCGUCGUCGUCGGCGCCGGCGGCUCGGCCGGCUCAGCCGUCCGGCGGGUUCGCCCAGGACAGCGACGACGACGACGCCGCCAUGUCGCCGCCGCUUCAAGCGCCGGCCGUCUCGCCGCCGCCGCCGCAGCAGCAGCAGCAGCAGCAGCCGGUCGCCGCCCCGAGCAACAUCCCGCUCGCUCAGCCGGCCGAGUCAACCCGGUCCGAGGGCGACGGCGCCUCGACUUUGACGACCAACGUCCCCCUUCUCGUCAACUCGACCUCGUCCAGUCGCGCUAGCGCGAGCCGGCGCCGGUCGCCGUCGCCCGAGCAGCCAAGUCGCCCGUCGACCGGCGGCCCGCCGUCGAAAAGGGCGCGCACGAGCAAGGACGUGCGCUCUGCAGGCGUCGACAGCUCGGGCGACGGCUCUCGCGACAUGUCGCCGCCGACCAACUCGCGUGCUCAGCAGCUCAAGCGGCUCAAGAUCCCCCGCAUCGGCCAAAAGCCUCCCGCACCUCCUCCACCUCAGCCUCCCCCCUCGUCUGCGCCCUCGCCUGCCGCCGACACCAACCUCCUGCCCGCUCACUCGCCGAUCGCGAUGGCCGCCGGCGACCGAGGGCAGCCCGUGUCGGCCAUCUCGAGCGAGACGUCCUCGAGCGACGCGCACGCCCGCAAAGUCCUCGACCCGUUCAACCAUGGCGUCAAGCGCGCCAAGAGCUCGGGCGGCUACAUGAUCAUCAACGCCGACCUUUUGCGCGACAAGAAGCUGUCGUCUUCACUCGCGCCGGGCGCGCGGUAUCCGCCCGACGUCGUCACCGAGGUCGACAAGAUCCGCCACCUGUGGGGCAUCCGGACGCCCGGCGUGCCCGUGUUCGGCGUGUACGACUUUGACGGCGCCAUGCACCUCGACGGCGAGCCUCGCGAGGUCUACAUCACGGCGCCACCCGACGAGAACGUCGCCGGCCGCGACAAGAGCGCUCGGGCCCACCUGUACGACUAUGAGGCGCUCCAGCUCGUCCUGUCGUCCAUCAAGGGCGUCAAACAAGCCGACUCGGCGCGCGACUCGGUCACGGCCGUCUUUGUCCACGCGUCGCAGCUCGGCAAGGUCGGCCGGUUCCCGGACGGCCUCCUCGCGCUCGAGCGCUUCCGAAUGGCCGAGAACGCCGUCUUCUUCGUGUACGGCGCAGGCGAGGACCGCAAGAGGGCGAUGCGCCCCUUCUGGUUGCCGAUGACGGCGUUCUCGUUCACGUCGGCGGCGUUCUACCUCAACCCGGCCCGCAUCUCGGCGCUCAUCAACGAGGCGCCCAAGAUGUUCUCGAACCUCGGCCACCGCACCCAGUUCCCGUGGAUCCCGUCGCAGUACUUCCUCCGCGGCGGCGCGUUCGGUCCCGCCGCCGACAUGGACGGUCGCGAGCCUCGUGUCCCGCAGCAGCAAAAAUCCGCCCGUACGGUCGACCUCCACUCGCUCGCCCACGAGGGCAAGCUCGCCGUCGCCGCCGUCGCGCCAUGCAGUACAAGGUCUCGCAAGUCGAUGGGCUUCCCCGACCUCGACGACGGCCCGGGCUACCACGACGAGAGGUGGGCGCUGCUCGACAAGACGUACCCUCCCUCUCAGUGCUUCGUCGACCUCAACCGGCUCCAGCAGUUCGUCUGCGCUUGGCGGGCCGACUACACGCAAGUUCGCCGUUGGCUCGUCAUCGCCACGCCCGAGGAGUUGGCCACAUGCUCGGCGCUCGACGGCAUCUACCUCUUGUCGGUCGAACAUGCUGAGGAUGCCCUCGGGCUCGCUUGAUUUUCCCUCGUCCUCGCGCCUCUUUCUCUCCCCCUCUCUUUUGUUAGCGCGUCCUCCCAGCUUGCGUCUCGCCUUCCUUGUGUAGUUUCCCUUGUUGAUGGUCAUUCCCUAUGAUAUGCAACCAGACUUUCGAGCGAGCG